AUGCAAGCUUUAGAUAGAGAAAAUCCGUUGGAAAGAGAAAUUUUAUGAUCUUUGGAAUGAAUAAGAAUUCAUAUAGUGAUUAGCUUUUAUUUAAGAUAAAAAAUAUGAUAAUUAUAUAAGGUUUUUAUUUAUAAUAGUGAGUAUAGAGUUUUCAGAAGAAGAUAUAGACACCCAAGAGCUUAAAAAACACAAAGACUAUAUUAAAUCUUUCCCUUGCAGAAGGCAGAAGACUGUGAAGAUGGAACUAACUCACCUAAAUUUGAAUUCCAAUUUAAAGGCUUUUUUACGAAAGAAAAAUUAUUUUAAAUUUUUAUCAAAAAAAUCAUAUAUUUCAUGAAAAAUUAAGUAUUAAAAAUUUAUCAAUUUUAAAUGGAGCCAGUUUUUAAAUAUCAUUUUGCUUGAUUUCCCUUUAAAAUAGAGAAAUUUAAUUUUUGCACCAUUACAUUGUGUAUCCACAUAGAAAUUAUUAGUUUUACCUAUAAAAAAUUUAAUUUAAAGGAGAAAUUUAGAAACUUUACUGGUAUUUAUUCUAUUUUAAAGGGGUAGUAAGAGAAAAGUAUAUUAAAAGUGUUAUGGAAAAGCAAAAAAAAUUCGAAGACAAUCUUCAGGAACUUAGCCAGGAAACUGUAGUAGCUUCUACUGAUCCUUUAGGAUGCCUUGAUGCAUAUUCAGAGUGCAAUAAUGAUAGCAUCGAUUGAGUGUUAAAAAAGAUACAGCAAAGUUGGAAUAUUUUUAGAUACAAUUUUUAUUAAAAAAAUAAAAAAAAUAGAAAAAUAUUGAAGAUUUAGCGUACCUCACCCAGUUAACAAAUAUGUGUUGGGAAUAAUUUGGAACGAGUUUCCAAACUUUCGAAGAAAUAAUAAUCUACUUCAAAAACCUCUCCCAACCGAAAUAAUUUCUUUAGAAAACCCAGAAGCCAUGCAGAUUUUUAUUCACAAGGACCAAAAUAAUACAAGACAUGGAGUUAUUCUUUAUAAAGAUGGAAAUUUAAUAAGACCAUUCUAA